CGUUUGGUAAGUCAUUGUUUCCAAGCCGUCCGUGGCGGUUUGUUUGUCGCCACUCCGGCCGGAACUAGCAGGUUGGUUUGUUUGGUCCCGGUUCGACUCUUUCAUAAGUGGCUGCGCCGCCCCUCAGGCCCCUCAUAACGCUCUGUUCUCUCCCUAUCACUCACGCGCCUCCUUACUCCUUUCGACGAGCCUUCACCUUACACAACAAGACAUCGACAUGUUCGCCACCCUCGCCGAGUCACCCCUCAACUUGCCGACUACCAACGGCUCCCGUUUGUCUCCAGCGUCCAGCCGCCGGCCACACGCAACUUUGUCCGGGGCCUUCUCGGCCACGACCUUUUACACUCUCGAUCCCACUGUGCAAUCCCGGCGGUAUGGCCACGCGAAUCGGUUGGCUCAAGGCAGAUGGCAAGACGUGUUUCCGAACUUGGGCUCCCAAUGUGGCCCUAAAAGAGAACGACAAAGGUCGCCAGCCCCUGCAGCGUCUGAAGGGGCCAGCAGCUCGAGUUCUGCGACACAGGAGACUGACAAGGUGGCCUCGCCGAUAGGGGGUCAAAACGAUGCUCGACCAUUAGUCUUGUCUCCUCAACAGGUGUCUCGAUCCGGGGUGGAUGCUAUCCCUGAGGUCGCGGUAGACGCAGAUCGGCCGAUAGUUCAGAGUCCGCGUCUGUCUCCUCAACCCGAGAAAAGGCCUACACAAUCAAACUUGACCAGACGAUCCCGCCCAUCACCACUACGAUUGGGACAAAGAGGCGAUGCUCAAGAUCGCACAACCCGCACAACUCGGCGUUCCUCCUUGAAGCGUCCCGCCCCUGCAGACCCCGAGCCGGUCAGCCCAUCGCCUCCCGCGAAAAACACGCGACUACAAAAGCGGCGAAGGCUGCAAUCGGAGGCGGCAGCUGGCCAUGUCGAUGCAGCGGCCGCGUCGACUAACAUCAGAGCUGCUGGUGGCACAAUCAGCUCUUAUACCCAUACCCGUCGCCGAAAACCACUGUCGAACGUCCAAUCGUGACCUUCUAAUGGAGCCUGUGUACAUAUACCCGCUUGAUAUGUGGAUGUUAUUUCCUAGAGGUAGAUGGCAAUUUACAUGUUUACGGCCAC